UAAAUGGAAAAAACCUGAAAAUUUAAACACGUUUUUGCCCACAGAGCGCUUGACUCGCUCUUGUCAGUUGGUUAAGCACCAAAAUGACACCACCACUGCAACAACGCCACCGCCUCUUUCCUUGUCGCCGAGUCAUCGUAGCAGUCGCCGCCGGCGGCGGCGGCGUUGAGAGUAGGCGUACUGUGGACCCUUCUCUCUUUUUCUCAUUCCUUCUUGUCGUCUUUGACUUCUGGGGACGGGUGGCAAGAUCCCUCACCAUCGGGAUAUCGAGACGGCGAUCCCCCAGCAGCAUCAUCGGCCCCCAGGCGCACCGCCGUGCCACAUAUGCCCACCACACAGUCCCUGGUUCUCUUGGCUCGUGCCCCUGAUCUUCAUGGUAGACGUUGCAUUGUUUGUCUACACUAUGUUCGUGAACGACUGCCCUGCCACCAGCGGCAGCGAUCGUUGCCUCUUCUCUUCCUACCUCGGUAGGUUCUCAUUCCAGCCCUUCUCUGAGAACCACAUGUUCGGCCCUUCCGCGGCUACGUAAGCCCUUCUCUUCUUUGAUGGGUUUCCCCUUAAGAUCAUAAAUAACACACAAUAUCUUGCAAUUUCCAUUUGAAAUUCUGUUUGUUAAUGUAAUCCAAGAUUUUGUUGUUGAAGGUAGGAAAAUGGGUGAAGUUUAGAAUUUUUUAUUAUAAAUAAGCCUUUAUGGCUCUUGCCAUUGGGAAGGUUAUAGAGUAAAUCCCCCGUACCCCCCCCCCCCUUUUUGUUUUGGUCGGGGAAAGUGCAAAUUUGGAUGGGGAUCUACCGAAGGCUAAACGAGGUUUUGUAUCUCUGUUCGUCCUCUGAUUUGGUUCUAAUGCUUUGAAGUUCUUGUGCUUGAAUGCAUAUCGUAAUGCUUUGGAUUAUGGCUUAGACAGAGAAAGAUGUGUAGAAACAGGGUUUUGUUUCCAUUCAAUGGACCAAGAUGUUUUCUGUAAAAUAAAUUUAUUGAAGAGAUGACAUGAUCUGCCAGAGUAGACAUAUGUCAUUGUCUAUCAAGGGAAGGAUGAUCAAGUUAAAUAAGUGAAAAUGAUGAAAGUGCUAAAAAAAAUUGAGUACAUAGUUCUCUUAUAUGUUCUACUUUUUGGAUUAGAUGACCAUUUUUUAUGCACAAACAGGCUUUUAUAGAAGGUGAAGGUGUAUUCUGUUUGUGAUUCUGGGAAGUCAUAGUACAGCUUUGUAAUGUUUUUAAUGCCCAAGGUUGUCUGAAGUACUUGACCUUUUGGGCUUUUGGCCAUGAUGCUUGAGGUCUUUCCUAACCAUUUGUUUUUUGAUUAGAAAUGUAUGCUAACAGUUGAUAUUUUCUUGGCUUGAGGUUAAACCCUCACCAUUGAACCCGUUAUUUCCUCCUAAAUUUUUAAUUUGUAGGUGGUAGGAAGUUGGUUUUAUAGUAGUUUCACUGUGGUAUUGGCAUGGUAUUCAUUAUUCAUAUGAACAGCAGCAUUCAUGAUAAUCUUCAGUUAUUCAAUAUGAACAAGGUGUAGGCCUUGUACAUGGAGAAAGUUCCUCGUAGUCUACACGUUAAUGGGUUAAUGGUUGAGGUGAUUGUUGUGAAAAUAGAAGUUAUAAUUCUCUUCAUGGAUAAAGUUGGAAAUGAAUGAUAUAAGAACAGAUGUUAGAUAUCUUAAUGUUUUCAAGAGGAAUAGUACAUUUUGGAUGGGAUUGAUUAUUACUUUUCUUGCAUAUCCUGUUUGCAUCUUCUCAGCGGCCUCUUCACAAAUCAUAACACCCCCCCCCCUCAAAAGAAAUUGUGGAUCCUUAGGUAAUUUAAAUACUCGAUGGUACUAGUUCAAAAGUAUUCUUUAGCAACUCAUAUCAUAAUUUUGUAAACAUAUUACUUUAAGUGUUUACAUUCUACUGAACUUUGAAAACCAAACCCCCAAUAUGUAAUCGUUGGGGGGUGGGUGUUACAUUAAAAUUAACCACUUUUUCUGUAACACAUCACAUCUAAAUGAUUAUUUUGGUAUGUUACAGAAGGAAUUUUAUUUAUUUUGAAAAAGAAAAUUUUGUUUAGAAAUUAACUAAAUGUGCUUAAGUUUUCAUCUUGAAGGAACUUCAUAUAGGAGCUACUUUGUACCUUUCUAAGUUUUGCUGGUUAAUGCUAAUGGGAGCCCUUCAGCCAAAGUUAAUUGUGAAGGAAGGUCAAAGAUGGCGCCUGUUAUCUUAUAUGUGGCUUCAUGGUGGACUCAUCCAUUUGCUUGCUAAUAUGAUGAGCCUUCUGUUUAUUGGACUCCACCUUGAAAAAGAAUUCGGCUUUUUGAAAAUAGGACUCCUGUUUGUUCUUUCUGGCCUUGCUGAUAGCUUGUCAUCUUCCAUUAACCUUGAAUCCUCCAAGGUUUCAGUUGGUGCAUCAGGUGCACUUUUUGGACUGUUUGGAGCCAUGCUUUCUGAGCUAAUCAUUAAUUGGACAAUAUAUACAAAUAAGUCUAAAGGUGUGGCCGAAGAUAAAGGACACAAUAGCAAUUCUUCAGAGGGGGGAAGGAGACAAAUACCAACCCUGAAACUGUUAUGGGUUCAUCAUCGAUUGGAAGAUGGUUGAUUGUUAAGAUGCCAGACACAUCUGGCUUAUGGAAAUAGUUGUAGGUGAAAUGCUUAGGAUGAUAGUGACCAAAAUAGUACUAACCAUAACUUUUUUUUCCACAGUAGGAAAGGCUGUAGAAUAAAAUCACAUCCUGGAACUACUAGUGUGGAAUUUUUCCCUUCCCCUUUCAAUUGAGAGGUGGGAUUUUUUACUUUUCACCAAAUCAAAGAGAUACCAAGAUGCUACUA